AUGAGCGGCCCGGUGACUGCUGUCUCUGGCAGGAGCGAGGCCAGCCAAUUUCCAGCCAAUGCUUCCUCCACCCAGCAGCACACCACCAACUUCACCACAUCUCAGCAACAGGACCGAGUCCAGCCUGAAGAGUUCCAGCAAUCCCGCCAAAAUGGCCAUCUGGAACCCGCGUCGUCGACCGUGCUAACCUUUGCUGAUCUGCCCACCGACCUGGCCCAGCUCUCCUUUGACACCCUCCACUCUCACUCCUCGCACACCCACAUCCACAGCCAAACCCUGAAUUCUGGCGACGCUAGCCACGACCACCAAAACCAGCGCGGCCAGAACCAGAACCAGAAUACCACCGCCAUUCACCACACCAACAACAACAAUAAUAACCACCUCUCCAGACGCACCAGCAGCAACAGACUCCGCUCUUCCUUUUCCUCUUCGACCUCCGCCCAGCUCGGCCCCGCCGACGACUUCUCUGCCACAUCACGAGGCAAUUCUCGCUCUCCUUCCCGCCCUAGUCAUCGCAAACCCUCUCCUGGACUCGCCGCCCGGCUCAAAGCGCUAGGCUUCGGCGCGUCCCGAAAGUCGUCCUCCCCGCCUCCCAGUGCUCACCACUCGCACGAACGCGUCGGCCGCCUGCCCGAGGACCAAUUACGAGAGUUUGACCAGAAGCACCUGGCCGGCUCCGCAGAUCCUGUCGUCGAGCGGCGUGGGCGCCCUUGGAAGGGUGCCAUCGCCCGCAUCCCUUCCGUCGCCAGCCUGCGAGGUUCCAGCAGGUCGGAAAACGCCAACCACGAAAGCGACGGGAAGCAAGCCUCGGCCGCUGUCGAAGAAGCGACCGACACUGUCGCCAGCACGACGUCUGACUUUCUCCCCGUCAUCGAGACCGCUCCGCCGUUGGAAAUGGACACAAACAAAUAUCGGCUGCCGGACCACACCAAUGGAAACGGCACCAAAGUCCAGUUAGACACGCGGCAACAACACCUCGACCGCGAUUCCCGCCUCCCAUCCGCUUCCUCGUCUUCUGACCUACCUCCGCCUCCCCUCCCUCCCAAGGACUCUCCCCCUCUCCCCUCCACACCCGGCACAGGCACACCGGGCGGUGUGCUCGAUUUCAGCCAAGACGCACCCAUAUACUUCAAUCCGUUGGGGCUGCAGAGGGCCGGCUCCAUCUACACCAUCUCCAGAGCUUCACUGGCCAACCAAAUAGCCCAGCUGACGUCCUUGCAACUCCCCGAUGCCGAGUCGCUGUCGAGCAAGGUCUCGGCCAUCCCCACGGCACAGGCUGCGGCGAGGGCAUUGAUAGGAGCUGCCGACCAGAUCCGUAUAUGGAUUCACAAAGCCUCUGAAGUAAUCAGCGGGCUCGACUGUGAGGACGAUGUGGAAUGGGCUGCCGCUGGUGGCCGCGAAGGCCUCGAGGAGGUCGAGAGCGCCAUCACUCGGUUCGAGGAGUUGAUCAACGUCUACGUCGGGGCUAUAGAGGAGCUUCAGCUACGAGGUGACAUCGCCAGCGUAUCGACCGAUGAUUUGAAUCAGGCCGUUGUCCAGAUGGAGGCAAUUGUGACGGAAUGGGCCAAUAUCCGAGAAACCCUGCAGACUGUCAAGGUGCAAGUAGAGAUUGCCAUGGAGUGGGAAGAGCUUUGGAACGUGGUCUUGGGGGAGAUACAGAACGAAAUGGACGAACUUAGCAGGCUAGUCUUCGAAAUGGAGGAGCGGCGGCACAAGUCCGUGCUCGCCCUCGGCACUGGCGAUGGAGUGGACAUCGGCGACCUGGAGACCAUCGUCGAGGAGACCCCUCCGCCCGCGGUCAAGCUGCAAGCAAACCCGCGGUUUAGUCUGCCGCCCUUCCCUGUGAGCCCCAGCUCGCCAGGCACGCCGACCGUCACCCAGGACGACGCCAGCCUGUUGGCACUAUUCGCCCGUAUGCAGCCGUUGAGGGCUUCGCUGGACUUCCUGCCCAUGAGGUUAUCGGUUUUCGAAGCUCGGGCCGAAAAAUCAUUUCCCACCGCAUGCGAAGAGCUGGAUAUGCGCCGGACAGGGCUUGACGCGAGUUACCAAAAGCUGCAAAAGGAUGCCGAAUCCCUGCGCAAGGAGCUCGGCGAGGACCGAUGGGUGGCCGUCUUCCGCAACGCCGGCAGGCAGGCCCAGAAGCUCUACGAGUCUGUCGAGCGCAGCACGGUCAAGCUCCGGGAAGCCGUGGACUCGGGCAUGCACCUGACCAACCAGCCCAUGAUGGCCAAGAAGAUCGAGAGCUACGAGGCCAAGAAGGUCCAUUACGCGCCCGCCAUGGAGCGGAUCCUGAACAUCAUCGACAAGGGUGUCAAGGAGCGGUUUACGGUCAACGGCGAGAUCCUGCGGGUGCAUGCCGAGACGCAAGCCAAAUGGGACGAGCUCAAGCAGCGCAUGGCUGAGCUCGAUAUUGUUCUUGAGGAAGUGCAAGCCGACAAGGGCCAGCAGCUGCGCGAUUCGAUAUCAAGUAUGCUAUCGAACGACCGUUCGACCCUUGCGAGCGGCCAAGAGACGCCGCAGAGCUCGCCGCCGUCCUCGAUCAUUAUGUCGAGCCUGGGCAUAGAUGUCGCGACACCCACAAACAAGGCAAAGCGCCGCUCCUCGAGCGUCCACAGCCAUCUACCUCAGCCAGCGACGGCUCGAAGGAGCGUCUCGGCGACGGGCCCACCCGGCUCUCAUCUGCCGCGGAAGCCUGUCUCUCGCCUGUCGACGAUGCCCGGCACGUCCAUCCCGAAUAGAGAGGGUUCCGCAACGCCGACCGGCGCCCGCAAUAUCCCUCGACCAACGUCGGCUCUCAACAACCGCCCUCGUUGGAACACCUCCACGGUCGGCAUCGACACAGGGCACAACUUCAAACCCCUUACCCUUACAUCACCCAGCCCUUACGCCAGGAAUACGCCAACCGUCACCCGAACAACGUCCGCCCUCACUCCAACCUCGGCGGGAUCCUCAAAGUUGCCUAUGCGCAGCCCCCUGGGCCGCGCCAGCUCAUCCUCUCCGAUCCCGGAAGGCACUCCUUCCAAGAGUCCUGCACCCAUCACCAAACUGCCACACAGCACCGCUACCAACCGCCUCCCUUCCUUCCGCGACCGUAUCUCCUCUACACCCGGCCCCUAUUCCCAGCAGGGUCUUGCAUCUAGCAAACCUGCUCCUCGCCUCACCAACCAAUCCUCUAUGUCCUCCCUAAGCAAUCGGCGAGCAUCAUUACAGCCCCCGAGGCCGAACCAAGCAGCAACCGGUGGCAUGACACCGCGGCCAGCGAGCUCGAUGGCAUCGUCGAGGAGGAGCAGCAUGCUCCCCACGCCUCGUGCGUCCCGAGAGAGCAGUGUUGCGGGCAGAGAGUCGCCACAGGCAAUCGCUGGUGCUCGGAUGGCUAUGCGCAGGACGACUGGCAGUGCCUCGCUUGCAGGGGACUCCAAGGCCAAGGAUAAUAGGCCGCGCUGGCGGGGCUGA